ACAAGGUAAUUAGAAUUUAAGCGCGAGAAUUCAAAUGAAAAUGAUAGAGAGAUGAGGGCAGAGAACCUAUUGCAGUUGCAACACCGCACCCAGAAGUGCACCCUGGGCUGUCCCGUACUCGAUCGCUGCCUCGCCGGCGGCGUCCCCUGCGCCUCCGUCACCGAGUUCGUCGGCGAGAGCGGUUGCGGCAAGACGCAGCUCUGCCUCCAACUCGCCCUCUCCGCCCAGCUCCCCCCCUCUCACGGCGGCCUCUCCGCCUCCUCCAUCUUCAUCCACACCGAGUUCCCCUUCCCCUUCCGCCGCCUCCGCCACCUCUCACGCGCCUUCCGCGCCUCCCACCCCGACCUCCCUUGCUCCGACCCCUGCGACCGCGUCUUCCUUCGCGCCGUCCAUUCCGCGCACGAAUUACUCAACCUAAUCCCAACCAUCGAGACUUUCCUCUUGCACUCGAAAUCGCCGUGGCGGCCGGUGAGAAUCAUCGUGAUCGAUUCCAUCGCCGCGCUUUUCCGCUCCGAUUUCGAGAACACCGGAUCGGAUCUCCGGCGGAGGUCGUCGCUGUUUUUCGGAAUCUCGGGGGGAUUGCGGCAGUUGGCGAAGAGGUUUGGGAUUGCGGUGGUGGUGACGAACCAGGUUGUGGAUUUGAUCGGUGAUGGUGACGUGAGCUUUGGGAGUUUGGGUAAUGGGCUUUAUUCUUCGGGCCGAAGGGUUUGUCCUGCGUUGGGCCUGGCUUGGGCCCAUUGUGUUAACUCGAGACUGUUUUUGUCGAAGGAUGAGGAUGAGCCGCCGGUGAAGACAAGGAAAAUGAGAGUUGUGUUUGCUCCUCAUUUGCCGCACUCUUCUUGCGAGUAUGUUAUUAAAGGGGAAGGCGUUUUCGGCGUGGAGAUGAUGCAACACCGAGAAGAAGAGAUAAAUCUUUGAACUCUUUUCAGUUUUGACCCACCUUGUUUAUACGUAUUUAUUAUUUUCACAGUGCAAAGUUAAUGUAUUAAGUCGAUUGAUUACUUGAAUGAUUUUUUUGUUGUAUAUAUGAAUAUUUCAAAAGGACUCAAAUUCCAUGAUUUUACUUA